AUGUCCGCACCUAAAGACCAUGCUGCCGCGGAGUCAGCGAGGGAUCGGUACCCGCUGCCAUUCCACUUUGCAGAAAUGGAUCGGCUGAGGAUCCAGCACGAGUGGGUCAAGGGAACAUGCGGCGGUUUGAUCAAGGCACCCAUCGACUACAAGGCAUCCGGGCUCCGCGUGCUCGAUUCUGCCACGGCUGACGGAUUUUGGAUCACCGACGUCAGAUCGAUUCUCCCAGCCGAUGCAGAAUUUGUCGGAUUUGACAUUGCGCCAGAACUAUUCCCACCAAAAGGCUGGACGCCUCCGAAAGUGUCGCUCGUAACGCAGAGCCUGCUCGACGACUUCCCCGCCGAAUGGACCGCGUCGUUCGACCUGGUCCACCAGCGCUUCGUCCUGCCCAUCUUCGCGCCGGCGGAGGCCGAGAAGGUCGUCGCGCGGCUGGUGCGCUGCGUCAAGCCCGGCGGGUGGAUCCAGCACUUCGAGCCGAACGCCACCGUCGUCGAGUGCCAUCCGGAUGCGAAGGCGUUGAGCCUGCUGCCGAAGCUGUUUGCCGUCUACAUGCUCGAUACGAAUCCGUCGAGUAGCCUGGUGGCGACGCUCGAGAAGAACGGCGUCAGGAAUAUACGGCAGCAGGACGUCGAGCUUGGUAUCGGGAAGGCGCAUGAGAACGUUGAGUUGGGGCUGAGGGGAAGGAAGGACGUGCUGCAUAUGUAUGAGACGUUCGUGACGAGCUUCAGCGCGGACAAGUUGGGGAUAUCGCAGGAACGGUUUGACAACCUCUAUGCAGAUGCGGUGGAUGAGAUUGACCGUUUUGGUAUGUCCGUGCGGUUUACAAUUACCUGGGGUCAGAAGGAGUAA